CAGUCCGUUCACCAGCUCCAGCAACCGGAGGGGAAACAUGUCCUCACCCGGGGAACAGCCGUAGCGGCCGCAGUACGACAUGGGCAUUCGGACGACGUAGCGUGUAGUCUCCUCGAGCGUCGACGUAGAGGACCGAGAGAAAUGCGGGGUUGACAAACAGCAGAGUGGUUUUCCAUCACCAACCACUCCGACUAAAGAAGAGGAAAAGUAUUGUCCUUGCAGAGUUGUCUUUCAUCUUAGUAUUCUCAGUUUUGACCACAUCCAUCACACCAUCAAUAAUGAUCCCUGGAUUGAUCUCCCAGGAGUUACACAAGCAGCUUCUGGAUCCAAAGAAUUACCUAAACCGCACAGAUGGCGUGGAAGAACUUAAACGCGUCCUCUCAGGGGUGGACAUCAAGUCAAUCCCCUCUGCGAGCAUUGAGGACUUCAUAAAUUUUCUCCCUCGACUCCUGGAUGACAGUAAUUUCAAAGUGCUGUAUGGUACCUUACAGGUUUUAAACAUUCUCAUUCAGAGGCUAGGCACGAGUGUAGAGAAAUAUUUCAAACUGUUACUCUUGGUGGCCUUCAAGGCCCUCGGGGAUGCUCGCACCAUCACCAGGAGUGAAUACAUGAAUGCGUUUCAAAGGCUGAUGGAAACUGUUGCGCCGCAACAAGUGUUAAAUCUUCUUGUCAGCAACUUGAAGCACAAGAAUUCAAGGAUUAGGGAAGAUGUCCUUAACAUCAUUAUGGCAGCUAUGCUUACUCAUCCUAGGAGAGAUUUCAACAUCCCUAAGCUUUGUAAUGAGGUUGCACCAUAUCUGGCAGACAGCAAGAAGAAAGUCCGCCAUGCUGCCCUAGAGCUGUUUGCUGUUUUUGACUACUGCCUUGACACCGGGAAAAAGCAGACUCUGAUGAAAGCUGUGGACAUGGUUGAGCUGAACGAUGAUGCAGAGGGUUUAAUGGCAGCUGUACAGGCAAGACGAGCAAGGCGUGUCCUCCCUAAACUCUCCUCAGACGGAAUAGUGGAGUAUGGCUUAGUUGUGCCCAAACCAGGACAGAGGUGCUCACUGCAGUACGGUUCUGGAGCUGAUAUGGACUGGGUGAUGAACAGAGGGCGCAUCAGCAGUGCAGGGAGCCACCGAACCGAAACAGACUGUAACCGAUUGUAUGGCUACGGCAGCUUAGGCUCCCUUACUGAUGACCUUCCAUUCCAAAGGAGGAUUGUCAGCGCGGGCAAAGGGAAAAACAAACUACCCUGGGAGAUGUCGAGCUUCUCAUCCACUGAGAAUCACCAGCAAUGCAAUUCACCAAAUCGAACAUGCUCAGAACAGGUGGUUAGCAAGGAUUUCCUUCCCCUGUCCAGGAGACUGAGUCCAGAGACCUACAUACCCAGUUUUACUUCUGCAACUCCACAGAAGCAAAACGACUCCAGAAGUAUGGGGCCUCCUGGUCGCCUCAGAAGAAGUGGAAGCCUCAACCUGGAACCUGACAUCUUUAAAACCACCAAAUUCUGUGACCCAGAUGUUGUGGCACCCAAAGGGCGCAUGCUCCAGAGGAACCCCAGUGUUGAGCGCACAGUUUCCCUUCCCUCUAACCCCACCACAUCUGGCUCGUUCCUACUGCCCUCCUACCCACUGGCUACACUCCCAGGAGGCAUGCUUACCCCAACACUGUCCCGUCGCCAUGGAGGUACCGCCCUGUCUAUGUCCAACACCUGGCCCAACAAGAGGGAGAGCAGCCCUCACCAGCGAGACACCAGCCCCUGGAGUGACACAGCAGGCACAGCAAAGGGAGACCUCUCCAGCAGAUGCUCUCCCAGGCCUCUCCGUGCCACCCUAAUGAGUUCCUCUUCCACUUCAUCUUUCCGCCGGGCUCUGAGCAGCACCAGGGCAACCCUCUCUAUCUCACCAGUAGUCCCUCCAGGAGAGCAGGCCCAGUCUCAUAACGGCCAGAGGUACAAUGCUCCAAGCAGCCCUCAGAACCAACAUCUAGAAAACAGCCUUCAACUGGACCCCGAUGAUUUCAGUGCAGUGCAGGAUCCUCAAGAAGAUGAUCCUCUGGACAAGCAGGAGAUGCAGAACUCUCUGCGCUCAUUGCACAAUAGUGCAGCCAAGAAGAGGGCCAAAGUGAGCCUUAGCAGUCCAGAUCCAGGCAGCCCUGACUCUGCUGUGAGAUUAGAUCUGGAUUCAUUAUCACACACCUCUCCAAAGCUUACCAGCUCAGCCAGUGAAAGUGGUCUCUCAACUCUGAGCUUAGUGGCGAAUGGCUUCAAAACCAGUCCUGAAAACUCUACAGGAAUUAAACCUCGCAUCGCAAGAGUGCCUUCUGCCCAACUGAAGUCCAUGUACUUCAGCAGCCUUCAAGGAUUAAGAAAUGAACUGUCAUCUGAGGUGGGUGUUGUUGGGCAGAGAGUGACUUAUUCCAAUGGGAAAAUCCAAACUGAGAUGGAGACAACAGGCACGUCCCCUCCUUUGGUCAAACCUGACUUUCGUGAAGCAGUUAGGGGUCUGGAGCCUACAAAAGGGUCACAGAACCAUUGCAGUAGCAGACACUCACCAGGCAAAGACAUGCCUGAAGGAGUCGUUGGAAAAGGAGUCGUCUUGUCACUUGAGCAGGGUGAAUCUAUGGCCAAACCCCCCACUUAUCCCUCAGCUGGUGUCUACAACCACACUCUGUAUGACAAUCAGAUGGAUAGUGAUGACAGGCCACUUCCUGAUGAAUUUAAGGAGAAGGUGAUAAACGCAGGCUUCAGCCGGGACAGGAUGCAGCUUAAUCAGCAGGAGUGGCAGUGUGGUCAGGGGAACAGCACACAAGAGAAGAUUCGCCACCGUGUCAGACAGAUGUUGUCUGACUCACCAACUGAGGAGAACAGACCAUUAAUCAUCAAAGAUCUGCAUUUAAACGGCAGCACGCUGUCUUCCUACAAAGAAGACUACCUCUCUACCCCUCUUAGCCCCAGCAGCCCCGUCAGCCCACUGGGUCCCAAAAGCCCCCUCAAGGGCUUCACACUGCCCCUCCAGCCGAGCCCCCCUACAGUGCCCCCAAACCCUAAAAGCCUCUCGCGGCUCCGGAGGGCUCCCAGCCUCAGCAGGACACGACCUUCACUGUCACAUAGCACAGAUGAGCUUGAUUCCCUCGGCACCACGGACCACAGGAAAAAUAGUUCUGAGCCACCAGAGCUGUGUACGUUUUCCAAACCCAACCUGGCGCUGACGGAAAGCUUCGACCUGCUGAAUUCUGUGGAAUGGGAGAAGAAGAUUAAGGGUCUGAUGUUCCUGCGCUCUCUUGCCCACUACCACUCAGACACACUCCAGGCCAGGCUUCAUGAUGUCUGCAUUUCUCUCAUUCAAGAGGUGAAGAACUUGCGGUCAACCGUGUCCAGGCUUGCAGUGUGCACACUGGGCAAUCUGUACACCAACCUGCAGAAGGGGAUGGACCAGGAGCUGGAGGGGACAGUUAUGGCUUUACUGCAUAAAGCUGCGGAGUCCAACGCCUUCAUCAGGCAAGAUAUUGAUGUAGCCCUUGAUUGCAUGGUGCAGCACUGCAGCCCCUCUCGUGGCAUCCACGCUCUACUCACUGGAGGACUCAGUCACGUCAAUGCAGUGGUGAGAAAAUUCACUGCUCAGCAUCUGGCCAAUGUGGUAGAGAAGGCUGGUGCUGCCCGUCUCCUCUCUGGGAAUAAAGAUGUCACUGAGAGGAUUUUACCUGCUGUCACAAAACUCACACAAGACACCUCACAGGAAGUCAGGUACUUUGGGCGUCGGAUGUUGCUGACCCUGUCAUCCCAUCCUGACUUUGACAAUAUCCUGAAGAAAUGCAUCCCCACCAAUGACCUGCCAACCGUUAGAGAUACUGUCAUCAGUCUCCAGACAAAGGGUUGUGGCGAGAUGCCCCAAGAAACCCAGUCAGCAAGGUGCAGACGCUCGCUCCAAGGCAGUGGCACAUUGAGAAGCUCGUCUCUCACCAGGAAGCCUCUAAACCAGACCAACAGGGAGUCUAAUAGACAAUAUAGCUGUAGAUCUCAGACUCAGAGUAUUGCAGACAAGACUGAAUACAUCAAGCAGAUCUCAGGUCUGCUGGGUUCAAAAGACUUCAGAGAGAGGAUAAAGGGAAUCAACCAGCUUGUGGACGACUGCCAGCACAACCCCAACAUGGUCAUCAAUAGUAUAUUCCCGCUGUUUGAUGCCUUCAAGGCCCGGCUGCUGGAGUCCAACAGUAAAGUCAACCUGCAUGCCCUCGAGUCACUGCAGAAAAUCAUCCUCAUGAUGAAGGACAACUUGUCCCAAGUGGUCAACAUCCUGGUCCCUGCAAUCGUGGACAAUCACCUCAACUCCAAAAGCAAUGCCAUCUACUCUGCUGCUGUUGCAGCCAUUGAUUCACUUAUCUUAAAUCUCGAUAAUAUACUUCUCCUUCAGCCUCUCUGCACCAAGGCUAAAUUUUUAAAUGGCAAAGCAAAGGUGGAUCUUAUUGAAAAGGUUUCAGGCAUUGUGACAGAGCUCUAUCCUCGCAAACCUCAGAUGGUGGAGCAGAAAGUGCUGCCUUUGCUGUGGCACCUCCUCGGCACCACCACCCACAGCGGCACCAUUCGUGGCCGCAGCGUGCGGGCAGCUACCGCCAACCUGUGCCAAGCCCUCUACACCCAGAUGGGGACCAGCCUGAGCGACUGUGCCGCCUCGCAGACUGCCAACAUCCAAAUGGAUUUAAACGAGUUCCUGAGGGGCUUUUCGUAAAAGGCCGAAUCCAAACACAACGAAAUGUUGGAAGGGAAGAACAUUGACACUGACCUUACUUGAAGACAGAGAUGCGCCGCAUUUCUCACAGUGCCUGCACUUUUGUAUCGCAACAGACAAAGUCCUUAAAGAAUUCCUAUCUCAGUGAGAUUUCCUCUGGUACAGAAACAUGAACAAUCGAAACACACACUCAACCUGCUCUCUCUUGCACUUUGAAAAGGUAGCUCAUCAUCAUGAUAAACGUAGCUCAGCAUCAUGAUAAACGUCAAUUCAUUAUUGUCAUUGCUUCUUUUUUUCCAUAAUCUAAACGUGUACUGUAGACAAAUCAGAAACACUAUCGUAGAAUGUACGAAUGAAAUGCACAAAAAGUCGAGGAAGAAGACAGGGAAUUGAAAGGUGUAUAUUUUUGCUGUUUCACCAGAUGUGAUGUUGAUACUUUUUAAAUGUCUCAUAUAGUUGUUUUAAACGUUUGUGAAUUCAGAAUAACAAGAAUGGAACAAAAUAUUUUUGUACAGCUCUAAAGUGUAUUUGCACAGUAUUAAUCGUUUGCUGUUUGAUGGUACAGUUAUAAUUUAUCUAUCAUGUAAUGGUUUCAAAGUCAUAAUAAUAUUAUGAUGAGUUGAUGUCUUUUUCCUUUUUGCAUGACCAAAUCUUACUGGCAAGAUCAAAUAGUUUCUAUUUUUGUUAAGUAGAUAUAUAAAGAUAUAUAUAUAUAUAUGUGUGUGCGUGUGUGUGUGUGUGUGUACACUGAUGCCUCGAUCACACUUGGGUUCUGACUCAUGCUUCUGGAUGGGGAUGGCGUGAAAGAAUAAAGGAGUGCAGUGUUACUCCUGCACCAGCGUGAGAAACAGUGACGCCCCCAAUCUGAAUCUGUCUCAGAAAAGUGCCAUGCUGUGUCUUCAUGUAGCCUUUUCAUUCAUUUAUUGUUAAAUUAUAUCAAACUUGUUUGUGAACAAGAGCAAAGAUGUACUGAUGUUUAAAUAAAGUGUUUUAUUUAUGUACAUUUAAA